ACGUUGUAAACAGAGCCAACAGCUUCACGGAGGCCAAAGUGAAACAGCACUUUUUAAGAUGAACAGCAUAGAGUACGACCGGUUAGACAGUCUGGAGGGAUGGGUGGCCAUAAAGAGCAACAUAUUUGAGGAGAACGAGACGUUUAAGUUGGGUUUCAUCGUACAAUGGAAUGUCAUCGAGGGAAAAUUCGCUGUCACCUGCCACAACCGGACGCUUCAGCGGCAGAAACGCAAAGCCGAGGUCUCCGCCACUGUCUCCGGGGACUCAGAGAUGAGCUGGGCCGGCCUCUUCUCCCUCAGCGACUUGAAACACAUCCACCAGCAGUUCACAUGCGUGGCAGAGGUGCUGGGGGCCUACUUCCCGGAUUUGUCCGAGUUCGAGGAGGGCAACAUUUGGGACUUGCUCUUCCUGACUCGCAGGUCGGGUGCCGAGGACGACGAGGAGAGGGACUAUGACACCCCGUGUAGGAAGCUCGAAAAAUACUUCAGCACAGCCAUCGACAUCUGCGGUCGGAAGAUUGUCCUCGACACGUUGUUUACGCAGAAUGAGAGGGACGUGGAGGAGUACUUCGAAAACCUGCAGGAGUUCAAAAGGAAGACCAUGCAGGAGGAGAUGUCGAGGGGCAAGGGUCACCUGAAGCAGCUUCUGCAGAGUCACAGCGGCGCCGACCGAAUGGUUGCGCUGCUCAGCAUCUACGACGAGGAAGACGAGGCCUACCAGGACCUCGUCACUGUCGCCACCACCUUCUUCCAGUACCUGCUGCAGCCUUUCAGAGACAUGAGAGAGCUGGCGUGCCUUUACAAGAUGGAGAUCCUUAAGUCUUUGGAGUUUGAGGACUUGGGUCCUAAGAGAAUAGCAGCUCUGGAGAAGGAGGCGGAGGAGUGGAGGGCAAAAGCAGAAGACGCAGUCGCCUCAAUUCAGGACAUCACUGUCACCUACUUUGCACAAACUUCAAAAGCUUUGGCCGGUAUGGUAAAACAGAUGGAGGAAGAUAAGUGUCGCUUCGGACCCGCUGCCUGGGCGUCCGCGGCUCCCAGACUGGAGAAACUUCGCUUCCUGUUGGCCAAGGAAACCCUGCAGCACAUGAGAGCUAUGGAGAUGUGCCUCAACCGCAAGAAAGCCAGCAUCAGAGAAAGGCUGGGGAGCCUGUCGGGGAAAGGGCAGGCCCGGAAAGCUGAUUCCAGGUCCGCCUUCGAGGACGGCCAGCAGCGGGACACGGUGGACCAGCUGGAACUGCAGUUCUACGAAACCCAGCUAGAGCUAUACGACACCAAGUUUGAGAUCCUGAAGAACGAGGAGCAGCUGCUGGUGGCUCAGAUAGACACCGUGCGACGGCAGAUUAAAGAACUGAAUGAGGAGGUGGUCUACUACGAUGUGUGUGAAGAUCCAGAAGAGCUGCAGAGCAUGGUCCACACCGGUCCUCAGCAAGCAAACUCCCCAGCUGUCAAAAAGCUCAAAAGACACCUGCAGACCUUGGAGACCAAGAGAGGCAACAUCUGCUCCCGGAGAGCUUAUCUGCGCAACAAAAAGGAUCAGUGUAUGGAGGCCCACGAGCAGAAGCACCUGGCCGCCAAACAGACCUCCAUAGUCUUCAACCAGCAUCAUCAGGUCCACCUGAAACGAGAGAAGAGGAAAGAGGAGGAGCAGAGGAGGAAACAGUGGGUGGACCAAGAGAGAGAGAAGACUCUGAGCAGAUUACGAUCCUUCAGAGAGAAGCGACAGGGUCAGUACAUCCUGAAGACUUCUCAGUCCAUGAUGUCUUCCACAGAAGUGCCGUGUCCCUCCCAGCCGCUGUCCAUCAUCAGCCUGGGCCCCUCCCCCGAAGGACCGCCCUCCUCCAUCCGUCCCGCGCCCAGACGAAGCAAAGCGUCCAAAAAGCAGAAGCCUAAAGACAUCCCUGUCCAGAUCUUUGCCGCGCCGCCGCCAACUCCUCCACAGACAACCUGCCCCACCGCUCAUCCUCCUCCUCCUCCUCCACCACCACCUCCACCUCCGCCACCCCCACCGCCUCUGCCUCCCGCUGUACCCCCUCCACCUCCACAAGCUUCGCCCUCCUCCGAGGACAAACCAAUGCCUCUCAGUGACAAAUGCGACCCUCCUUUUCCCGCCAAGAACACGCUGAAACAAAACCUAGGAACGAUGGACGAAGUGUUGGCCUCACUGCAGCGUGGACAGAUCAGGCUUCGAAAGGUCCCGGCCGCUUCGACGGAGGCUCCUGCUCAGGACACGAGGAGCAGUUUGAUGUCCGCCAUUCGACAAGGAGUCACGCUGAAGAAGGUGGUUCCUGCUCGAGCCGAGGUCCCGAACAGCGGCGACAACGAGCUGGAGCGCAGCAUCAAAGCCGCCAUGAUGAGGAUGAAGAAGGUGGCGGCCGACUCAGACGAGGAAGAGGACAGAGGUGACGAUGAGACACAGAGUAUGGACUGGGACAGCUGAGGACACGCACACAGACACACACACACUGAUGAAGCUCCUCAAAUUAACCCUCCUCUGUUUUCUUCACGGUUGUGAGCUACAGCUUAUGUCGCUGCCAAACGUUCACCUAAAAGCUGCUUCACUGACGAGGACGGGAUUACGCCUCUUCUGACUUCAACGUUGUCCCGCGGUAAUCGUAUUGAUUGAAGAAGAAAAAAAAAUGUAACGCAUCCAAAACAGUUGAGUUGAGCUGAGUGAAUGAGGCAUUGUCAUUAAAAAGCAGAGCCAAGCGGUUCUAAUCUAGUUCAGUGUGUAAAUGAUUGAAUUUCUCCCAACUCUGUCUGUGUGUGAAGGUCUUUCACAGCAGGGGAAGCCUGUGCUGCAGGCAGAGUCGACUACACAAGUUUUUUUUUUUAGUCUAAACUCACAAUUAAGAAUGUAAUUAAGUCUUAUUAGUAGUUUACCUAACGCCAACAAGGGCUACAACAAAGUUUAUUACUAAAAGAAAAAAAACAAAACAAAAGGAAGAUUCGUGCUGUUAUUUGCAGCAGUGUUAAUGAUUUACAGCUUCCAUGUCUAAAGUCUCCGUCAUUGAUUGUAUUACUGGUUGUAUGAAGCUUUUAUCCCGUCAGUCUUUCCGUUUUGUGCGAGUGCAAUUUUUAAAUGAUUUCUUCUUGUAUGUUGCCAGAACGAGUCAAGUAUGUUAUUCAUUUUUUUCAGCAAAUGGAUUCUUCCUUUUUUUUAGGCCUUUUACGUCCUAAGAGAAGCUUGUUUAUCGGUUAAAGUUGAUGUUACUUAUGACCUUUAAACCUGUGACACAGAGCACUUAACUUACCUUAACCUCUCACAAGGAAAAUAUACAGUGAUGUAUUAUGCAAAAUAAGUACAAUACAGUACUGUAUGGCAAACGGUAUUAAAAAUGUUUGCAGAGUAAAUGGAUAUUCGGUGUGUUACAGGCGAGCAGACGAGCCGGAAACACACAUGUAACUGCUGUGUUUUAAUAAUAAAUGACCCGCCAGGUCGCCAAACCUGAAA